AUGGCUUUUCUCUCCCUAUUUCAACUCUUCCUCUUCGACAUAUCAACAAAUCCAACAGCAAUCGCCAACCUUCUCAGCCAAAUCCCGGCAGAACAAAUGAAGCUCCUCCUCAACCUCGCGCUCGAGAAACGAAGUACCAGCCUCACGUCCGUUGGCCUUACUCAGAGUGCUUUGGAAACGAGACUAGGCUAUGGACACGAGACUUUUGCGGCUAUAUUUGCUGCUUGCAGUAUCAUUACAAUCUCUAUUGCUCUACUCGGGCUGGUGGUGAAUAUGUGUGAGCUGGUAUGGAAGAUCGUGACGUCCCUCUUGGUUAUUGGAUUAGCAGUGGGAGGUUUCUUGAUGGGCGCGGCUCCACGGCUCCUGGAAAAAAUGUUGAAGUCGUAG